ACGGGACUAUAAAGAGAGAAUUUCCCAGAAACGAAACGAGAAUCAAAAAUGGAUAUUCGAUUUUUGUAUUUGGGUCAGGUAAAAUAAAAAUGAAGUGGAUUAUGGGCCGGCCCAUAUGUUUAAGACAUACUAAUGAACCCUGUUGUUCGCAUCUGAAACAUUGAAGCUGGCAUCAGAUUUUGGUUCAUAGAAGAAGAAGAAGAAGCUCACCAAAAAAUCGCAAGUAUGAACACUGACAUUACGUCGGCGGCGAAGCCAGAGUACCCGGUGAUUGAUCGCAAUCCUCCAUUCACGAAGACCGUCGCCAACUUCAACACCCUCGACUACCUCCGCCUCUCCACCAUCACCGGCGUCUCCGUCGUCGUCGGCUACCUCUCCGGGAUUAAGCCCGGGAUUCGGGGGCCGUCGAUGGUGACGGGUGGUCUGAUUGGAGUCAUGGGAGGGUUUAUGUAUGCCUACCAAAAUUCGUGCGGCAGGCUCAUGGGAUUUUUCCCCAAUGAAGGCGAGGUUGCCAAGUACAAGAACAAGUAUUGAAUUUUUCCUAGGGUUUCUGCCGGUGAAGGAUAAUUCCUCUUGCUCAUUACAUUUCGAUAUUUUGUAAGAAUGUCAACGACUUGUAUGCUGUUGUUAAUAAUUAAGAGGUGGUUACUGAAACUUGGAAUUACUUGUAUUCAGAUUGCUGCUUGGUGAAUUUAACUGGCAUUUCCAAUGCUGAUUAGCAUCUGUUUUUCUUGUUAUUUUUCAAAAAUGUUGUUAUCACAGACUCACAGUGUUGUGUAAGUUGUUGGGGAGUUUGCAAUCAUUAUCAUGAUAACACCUCGUCUUUAAA